AAAUGGCGCAAAUGAACCCCAUCUUCCCACCCCUUACGAUUUUAGUUACGGCCGAAUCGGCCCUCCGAUGUCAGACCCGGCCUCAACACCUCACACCUCCUCGUAAUCAGUCCGAUGGGGUUGGGUGUGGAUCCUGUGGAUCUCAAACUACUUACCGUCCGGCACCGGCCUUGUUCAUCGCUCGUUUUCUGGUUCUCGUCUCAUUCUCCGCGGCCAAAAUGGACCUUCUUUUCGCUCGAUUUCCCAUUCGAGUUUUUUCUUUUCUCUCUUUUUUUUGUAUUUUCUUUUAUUCUUUUUGCCUCUCGCCUAAUUAUUAUUUCCCCUAGCCUCUGGUAUGGUCUGGUUUUAGGGGAUUUUUGUAUCGUCUUUUUUUUUUACUUAUUAUUUAUCCACCACAUCAGAAUGCGCCAGACCAGAAUAAGUCUGUCUUGGGAGGCGAACAAGGACUGGAAUUCGAGUUUCCCCCUCGGGUUCCCAAGGUCUGCCAGGAAUACUGCUGUCUCUUUGGUUUUGACUGCCCGAGGCUCUCUUAUUUCCUGCCUCUUGGUUUUGCAGGCAUCCUGUCGGAUACAUAGGCGUGUUGGAGCCCCGACAUAGGUGAAUUUACUUUCCCUCAUACCCUAGCCGUUUGCCUGGCCCUUGCGCCAUCACAAUAUGACGACCGUCACAGAGGUGAGGACGGAGAUCCUCACUGUCCCGCUCAAGUCGGGCCCCAUCACGGUAGAGCAGGAGGAGACCUCGAGGCUUGAACUCGCAGAUAUACCCCUGCC